CAGACGUCUCUCCUCGGAGUCCAGGACCUGCCAGCGCUGGCGAUUCCUCCAGGGCAGGCGCUUGCCCUCUCUUUUAUGGAGCUUGGUUCCCUGCCCCAGCCCCGUGGAGGCUGUGGGCGUAUCCGGUCCAGACGCCUGGUUUCCAGCCCCGUGGCCCAUCCCUGGCUGCGGGGAGUGGAAGCUCCCAGGAGGUAGCGGUGGCCUGCAGCGGCCCCGUCCCGGCAGUGAGCCAUGGGCCAGAAGCUCUCGGGGAGCCUCAAGUCGGUGGAGGUGCGGGAGCCGGCGCUGCGGCCGGCCAAGCGCGAGCUGCGGGGAGAGGAGCCGGGGCGGCCGGCGCGGCUGGACCAGCUGCUGGAUAUGCCGGCGGCGGGGCUGGCGGUGCAGCUGCGGCACGCGUGGAACCCCGAGGACCGCUCGCUCAACGUCUUCGUCAAGGAUGACGACCGGCUCACCUUCCACCGGCACCCGGUGGCGCAGAGCACGGAUGGCAUCCGCGGCAAGGUGGGCCACGCGCGUGGCCUGCACGCCUGGCAGAUCCACUGGCCUGCGCGGCAGCGGGGCACGCACGCGGUGGUGGGCGUGGCCACAGCACGGGCCCCCCUGCACUCAGUGGGCUAUACCGCGCUGGUGGGCAGCGACGCAGAGUCCUGGGGCUGGGACCUGGGCCGCAGCCGCCUCUACCACGAUGGCAAGAACCGGCCCAGCGUGGCCUACCCCGCAUUCCUGGGGCCUGAGGAGGCCUUUGCGCUGCCCGACUCACUGCUCGUGGUGCUGGACAUGGACGAGGGCACACUCAGCUUCGUAGUGGACGGCCAGUACCUGGGCGUGGCCUUCCGUGGCCUCAAGGGCAAGAAGCUCUACCCGGUGGUGAGUGCUGUGUGGGGCCACUGCGAAGUCACCAUGCGCUACAUCAAUGGCCUUGACCCCGAGCCCCUACCGCUGAUGGACCUGUGCCGGAGAUGCAUCCGCCUGGCUCUGGGCCGCCAGCACCUGCAGGACAUCAGCUCCCUGCCUCUGCCUCAGUCUCUCAAGAACUAUCUGCAGUACCAGUGAGCCGGGGGCAGUGGGGACACCCACAGCCUGGGCCUGUCCCUUGUCGGUCACACAGUACAUCAGGAAGGAGUCUCCCUCCCCACCCUGGUUCGCCGGGACAUUCAGUUCUUUGAAAGGCCAAGGCGUCUUCCCUAGUUUGGAAACACAAUGUCUGUUGCCAAAAGGAUUUGCUGCCUUGGAAGCCACCCUCCCAAGUCAGACACCUCUUUGGAAGCCAGGAAGAGCCCGGAGCCUGCGCCGGGUUGGAGAUCCUGCCCCGCUGAGCAGGACACAGCGGCCACCGAUAUUGAUCCGCGAGCCUGUUUCCUUAUUCAAGAGAAUGAAUAAAACAUUUGGGCAGGAGACUUUGUGUUGUGGCCCCGCUGCAGACAGGGCCAGGGGAAAAUUGGCCCGCUCUGGGGAGAACUUUGCCUCUGAAUAAUGAAUGGCGAAAGCAGCUUGAUGCGUGCCCUUUGGGCCCCCGCCCCUCCCAGAGCAGCAGGAUUGUCGGGACACUUUCGGACUCUGCCCCUUUGAAAGACUUGUGACCCAGGGAUGCCCAGCUAUGGAAUUGGCGAGCGGACAAAGCAGUGUUGAGACUCGUCCCAGCUUACCUCUCUGAAUAGUGUUUACCUCCCCUCUCAUGCGCUCCCCUUCCCCACCCUGACCCGCAGUCUCUGGAUGCUCCGGGCACCUCUCUUCAGGGAAGCUGAGUCUGACAAGUUCACCCCAGGGAAUGAGUGUCUCCUUUAUUAUUGUUGUUAUUUUAAGUAGCGAUGCAUUUUAAGAGAGCAGUGUGGUGAGGGCAGUACUUAGUCCACAGGUGCUAAUGGGGGGCUUGGGGGCCUUGUGACACCCAAGGGGGUGAUGUCCUUGGCUGGGGAGCCUUCCCGGGGGGGGGGGCUGAGGGUCUCCAGGCAACUGUCCAUUCAGGAUGCAGCCUGGCUGCCACAAAGCUUUAUUUGAGCGAAUUAUUUUUUCACUUGAGGAGACUCACGCGAGUUUGCUUCUGUUUCACAUGUGUGUGUGUCUGUGUGUGUGUGUGCGCGUGCGCGUGCAUGAGUGCCGUGCUGCGUAUUUAUCAGCUUGGGGCCACGGGGCAGCCUUGUAAGUGGGAGGGUGGACAUGGGGCACGUUCUCCACUGGCCUGGCCUGUCCUCACUGGGGACCCAUGCCGCUGCUGCUGCAGCCGCCGCACCACAGGGCAUCUCUUGUGUUCCCAGCACUCCCUGCCCAGACCGAUUUUUAACUGGAAAUUGUCGCAAGAGUGGGACACCAGAGCCCCAGACGGCACUGCCUCCUGCCACCUUAAUGUGAACUGACUGAUGAAUGAAGAGCGUUUCUAAUAAAGUCUGUCCUUCAGUC